AUGGCUUCUUCAGAUACAGCAGUCAAGUUGUUAAACCAAGCUUCCGGUUAUGGAGUCCUAGUUGGUGUUGGUGGAGGAUUCGCCCUUGGUAUGAUUCUAGUCACUUUUUUCUUGCGGAAAUAUUUAAAAGAAGACAACACCAGUACUGAAACAUUUUCAGUAGCAAAUAGAUCGGUGGGGACAUUACUUAGUGCAUCAGCGGUAUAUUCGAGUUGGAGUUGGGCUACUGAGUUGUUGUGGUGUACAACAAUGGUUUACAAUUAUGGUAUUCAAAGUUCAUACUAUUACAUGUCGGGUUUAGCUGUACAAAUUGCCGUGAUGGCCAUGGUGGGGAUCCAUGCCAAAAAAAAGAUCCCCAAGGCUCAUACAUCAUUGGAGAUUAUUGAAUUGAGGUAUGGUAAAUCAGCACAUAUUUUGUACAUGUUUCUUUGUCUUACAAACAACUUGUUGUCGUGUUCAAGUAUGAUUUUGGGAGCAGCUGGUGCUAUUUCAAUAAUUGCUGGUAAUUUGCACAUUGUUGCUGCAACGAUAUUGACGAUUUUUUCAGUCUUGUGUUACUCGAUAUAUGGUGGGUUGAAAGCUACGUUUUUGACGGAUUUCGCUCACACUUUGAUCUUGUUGAUUGUAUUGUGUUAUUUAAACACGGCGGUGUUGACCAAUGUAGGCGGUUUGGAUGCAUUGUAUGAUGCAUUGGCAAAUUUUGGUGGAACUAGAGAGAUUCCCGGAAAUUAUGCAAAUAGUGUUAUUACUGGCAAAUCACAAGGUGCUAUCAUAUUUGGAUUGAUUUUGACUGCUGGUAAUUUUGGUUUAUCAGUAAUGGAUAGCUCCUUUUGGCAAAAGACAUUUUCAGCAUCGCCAAGAGCCACUGUACCAGCUUAUUUAACUGCUGCUGUUUUGAUUGCAUCCAAUGUAUGGCCCUUGGGUGCCAUUAUUGGUGGUGCUGCAAUUGUAUUGGAAAGCUCACCGAAAUUCCCCACUUAUCCACGCAAAAUGACUCAAUAUGAAGUUGAUUCUGGAUUUGCAUUGCCCUAUGCAUUGAUGGCUACGUUGGGCAAAGGGGCCGUUGGUGGAUUAUUGUUGAUUGUUUAUCUUGCUGUAACAUCAACGGUGUCGGCGCAAAUGGUUUCAGUUUCUUCAAUCUUGACUUUUGACAUUUACAAGAAGUACAUCAAUACCAAUGCUCAUAACAAGUCAUUAAUUCUUGUGUCACAUGUUGGAUGCAUUAUUUUCACUUUUGGAGCUGCGGGGUUUUCCAUCAUGUUGCACUAUGUUGGUGUUAACAUGACGUGGUUUGGGUAUUUCUACCCCUUGAUUAUUUGUCCUGGUGUUAUUCCUUUGAUAUUGUCAAUAACUUGGGACCGUCAAAAUUGGUAUGCUGCUUUUAUUUCACCAAUAUUGGGCAUCGUUUUUGGGUUUAUUGUGUGGACUACCACUGCUUAUAAGCUAAGUGGUGCUGUGAAUAUCACCACAUUGGGUGGCCAAUUGCCGGCGUUAUAUGGUGCAUUAACUGCUUUGUUUUUGCCAGGAAUUUCAAGUAUAAUUAUCUCAUUGGUGUAUCCGAAAAAGUUUGAUUGGAGUGUAUUGCAACAAGCACAUCUUUUAGUUGAUGAAGAUGUGUCAAGUGAAAAUUCAGGUGACGAUGUUGACGAGGAGAAACAGGAAAUUGCCAACUCUGAUAAAGGUGACAACAUUGAAGGAAUUGAUGAUGGUCAUCAUCAUAACAAGGAGGAUGUUGAAGUCCAAGUUGAUUCUGAUCAAUCAUCAUCUUCAAACAAUUUAGAAUCACAAACAACCAUUGCUGGUGUUGAACAAUUGACACCAAAGCAGCUAGAUUUCUGGAUCAAGAUUGCCACUGGUGCUGCCAUAUUCAUAUUGUUGAUCAAUUGGGUCUUGUGGCCGUUGCCUUUGUACCGAGACUGGAUUUUCAGUAGAGCCUAUUUCAAGGGGUAUGUAACUGUUGGAUUAAUGUGGUUGUAUGCCACUUUGCUAAUCAUUGGUAUUGGUCCAUUGAUUUCAGGAAGACACACAAUCGCUUUGAUUGCAAGGAAUGUUUAUCGUGAUUAUAUAAAGAGAUGGUAA